UUCCAAUUUACAAGUCCAACAUGAAGUCUUUGGAGUGCUUCACCCGUCGUUUUCUAGAUAUAACAUUGUGGCUACUGUGUUUAGUACCCUUACCACCGAUUUCCCAGUGGAAGUGGCUCUUCAUAGCUCUGGUGAUUCGCUGCUGUUGGAUUGCUUAUUUUGUGUAUUUACUGAAAGUUGGCAUCAGCUUCUCAUCGAUAGCUGUGGAAAGUGUGGGCAAUAUUGUGGGCACUGCCCUGUUUAUAGGGAACUCUGUGUUGGGACUUAUGCUCCUCUUAGAGAGUGUCCUGAAGCAAAGGACCCACAGUCAGCUGGAGGAUCUCCGAUUCCAGUCGGAGUUGCAGCUGCAAAGGCUGGGAAUGUUUGGAAGACGUCGCCAGGCGGAAUACCUUUUGCCCCUGAUAGGCGUCCAGCUUACUUGUGAUGUCACAAGGGUUUUUAUUAAUAAUAAAGAAACGGUAUCGCCUGUAUUUCAUAUAUCCUUGCCACUAAUGUGGCUGCUACGAUUUCGCUAUGUCCAACUGGUGCAGCAUGUCAUGGAUCUCAAUCAGCGGUCGCUCCAGUUGCGCAGAUCCCUGUUGUCCUUGGCCUCGGGGAAUGAUCUGUGGCAACCUUUUGGAGUCCACGAGUGUCGUCAACUUCAGACCCUUCGAUCCACCUAUGAGAGGAUCUUUGAGUGCUACGAAAUGUUCAGCGACUGCUAUGGUUGGGGAAUCCUGGGUCUCCAUCUGCUGUCCAGUUUCCAGUUCGUGACCAAUGCCUACUGGAUGAUCAUGGGCAUGUACGAUGGUGAGGACCUACGUAUCAUGAUUUUCAACGGAGCCACCGGAAUUGACUUUGGCAGUCCCAUUGCCACUUUGUUUUAUCACGGCGAUUCUGGGUCUGUAAAUGGUCGUCAAAUAGGCUGCCUCAUUUCCAAGUUGGUUAAACCACAGGGUAGCAAAAGGUACAAUGAUUUGGUCAGCGAAUUUUCCCUGCAAACACUACAUCAACGUUUUGUGGUCACAGCCAAGGAUUUCUUUAGUCUCAAUCUGCAUUUGCUGAGUAGUAUGUUUGCAGCGGUGGUCACUUACCUUGUCAUUCUCAUACAGUUCAUGUUUGCUGAGAGGAGCUCAAGGUCCACUUCUGGAUAA